UGAAACCUUUCAUUUCACUGUCAUUAUGGCCAGAACCCUGCCAUCCUUGCCUGCGUUCGAAGAUCCCCGAACCGCAUCAGAAUUAUUUUGGGUGAAGCAUCAGCCAUUCUUGGAAACCCAAGGAUUUAUGCUCCGACCAAGGUACCAUCCAGAUUGGCACCCAUCGUGGAUUCUGAAGGAUGGCACGGACCUGAAAGCAAAGUAUGGCUUCAAAGUCGAGGACGAUAAUAUUUUUCUGCAUGGAUCUGUCCUUCUCGACGCAACUCGGAUGAAGGAUGGUGUCAAGGUCGUCCUUCGAAUGGUACCGGUAGGCUCACAAGAACUUGCCAUGAUGGAGCACUUAUCAUCUGCGGACAUGGUCCGCGACCCGCGAAACCGCACUGUUCCUAUCCUUGGAAUAAUACCUAUUCCAGGUGAAGAGAAACAACGUGUUUUUGUAGUCUUGCCUAUGCUACGUGUCUUCAACUCCCCGCCAUUUCACUGUCGACGUGAGUUCGCUGAUGCGUUUCGACAGAUCUUGGAGGGAAUACAUUUUAUGCAUGAACAUAAUAUCGCGCACGGAGAUGCAUGCACAAGCAAUUUCAUGAUGGACGCUACCGGUGUAUGUCCAAGGGGUUUUCAUAUCGCAUACCCGCAUAGCUACAAUGGCGUCUAUCACGUCCUUCACGAGCGACCUCGCUGCCUCGUGUCUCCGGUGUCCUACUAUAUCAUCGAUUUUGAAACAACCCGGCACUUCCCUGCCGGGAGAAACGACGCGCGUGCUACGGCGAUGAAGUGCCAGAUCAAGAAUUCCCCUGAGUUUCUCUGCUCCCCUCCUCUGCAUAACCCUUUCUGUCUGGAUGUAUACAACGUUGGCGCCACAUUCUUCCGAACUUGUGAGAGAUAUCACGGUCUAGAUGAUUUCAAACCUUUUUUUCUGACCAUGAUGGCGGAAGAUCCGUUAUUCCGACCGACAACGACGACAGCGCUCGAGGAAUUUGAUACGUUCAUGGCCGCAAAGGAUGUCAUAUGGAUGCGUAGCCGCAUUUGGCCGAAUGACUCAUUACACAAGCCACCGUCUCGCUUGGUGCAGUUUCUUUGGCGGAAAUUUCCCUCUCUGUUACCGUAUUUCUGAAUCGGAAUAGAGCAUUUCCUGUUGUUUAUUUGUUGUCAUACUGCUGUUGACGCUGUCAAACAUUUAUCUUCAAGUACACAGAUCUCUACUAGUAACUCUGUAUCUGAAAUUCAGUACGAACACAAUGAGAAAAUUGAUCUGUC